UUGAAGCAGCCUUGUUAGAUUCUUCUUUGACAUCAUCAAAAUCAUGUAUACAUACAUUCACAAAGGAGUCCUGGGAUUUGAACACUGAAGAGAAACUUGAAGCUGCUGAUUCUUCAUCCAUGGCUGCUGAAGUAUAUUACCAGGCUAUUAGUACUUUGCAGUCCCGUUCUUAUCUGAAUAAUUUAAAUCAUCACCAAAAGCAUAAAAACAAUUUAGUAAGGUUGGUGUCUAGGGAUUUUAUCAGCAAUAAUGGCUUGUCAACAAGAAGAAGUAACUGCACUGGCCAAAGGAAUUGUAGUGUAAUUCGAUCUCUAGCUUUGCAAACAUCAGUCGCUGAUCCAGUGUUGUCCUCUUCAAGAAGCAAUGCUAGUGACACUUACAAGAAAUCAAUUGAAUUCACCAAGUUUGAGGUGGUUGCAACAUUCAGGCAACUUUAAUCCUUAUUCGGCAUGGUGAGUCGUUAUGGAAUGAGAAGAACUUAUUCACAGGGUGUGUUGAUGUCCUUUUAAGCAAGAAGGGUAUAGAUGAGGCAAUUGAAGCUGGGAAAAGAAUUAGCAGCAUUCCUUCUGAAGCUGGAGUUUAUGCCUAUACUAGGGUAUGUUGUUUAUAGCCCUUUUAAGACCCUUUCUUUUUUUUAAUGAAAUUUUAAAAAAUAGAUAUUAUUUGUCUGGAAGGCUGCAAUGGCACUUGCAGACCUCUACCAAUAGAUUGAAUAGAACAUAAAAAUGGUUUUGCUUGUGAAAUUAUUUGUCACGUGUCUCUAUGUGCUAUAUUAUUACUCAUAUGGUUGUUAUCGA